AGUUUUACAUUGUAAACUCUUAUUUUAAAUUAUAAUAGAAAAGUACUGCAGCCGCUCUCCAAUCAGAGACAUAGGCAUAGUUGACUGAACUCCGUGAUCAAAUAUUGGCUGUAUUUUUUUGCAUUUUUUCGUAUCUUUUUUUUUUUAAACUGGAGUGUUGUUCUAACAGAAUUUCUUUCAUGGUUGAGUUGAUAUUUGGUAGAUGGCAUUGACCAGACUAAGAACUAAUUUGAAUCGUGGGAGCUAUUUAUUAAAACAUGUUUAUGAUUUUUCAUUGCUUGGAUAUGGGGACUUCAGCACUUGAAACUGAUGAUGUAAGCUCUUCAGAUAUAUAUCUUUCAUUGGGGCUUAAAGGAUUGGAUAAAGGUGUUGGAGUUCCACGGGUUUUGUCACUUCUCUCAUCAUUUCUCGAUAGGUCAGUUCAAAAGAAUGAAAUGCUAUUAGAUGAUAAACAUAUAGAAGACGUUGUUACAGUAUUUCAUGGUUUAAGCGCACCUGCUCUGAGUGUUCGUAAGUACAUUGAUCGAAUCUUUAAGUACUCGGGUUGCAGCCCGUCCUGUUUUGUUGUUGCACACAUAUAUGUGGAUAGAUUUCUUCAAAACACGGAUAUCAAAUUGACCUCGCUUAAUGUGCACCGGCUUCUGAUAACCAGCAUUAUGCUAGCAGCAAAGUUUAUGGAUGAUGCAUUCUUCAACAAUGCUUACUAUGCUAAAGUUGGAGGAGUAAGCACGGCUGAAUUAAACAGGUUGGAAAUGAGCUUUCUAUUUGGUAUAGAUUUUAGACUUCAGGUUAGUGUAGACACAUUUGGAAGAUAUUGUUGGGAUUUGGAGAAAGAAGCUUCAGAAACUCUUCAAAUUGAAAGGCCAAUGAAGGCUUGCAGAAUUAAAGAAAGUUGGUCAAACAAAGAUGACCCUUCAUGUGCUUCCACAAUUGCAAGAUGAAAAUGUCCAAGCACCACACAAUGUAUCAUUGAUGUUCCACAAUUAAAUGAAUUGAAAGAGAAAAGAUUGCUACAUACACACCAUUUGUAAUUCACCCAUAUUUUUUAAGGACACUUUUGUGGUUUGUUGUGAUUCCUUUUUCUGUAGCUUUUUCUAUUGUUUGUAAUUGCAAUCAUGUAACAGAAUAGAGAUUGUGAUGAAAUUUCCAAUAGUAUUUUGUGGUUAUUACAUA